AUGAAACUAGUUGAGCGUCAGUUAGUUCAACGUUUGUGGCACACAGUUGGAAGAUAACUUGCAAGAAUGAGAUUGCUUUUAUUCGCCAUAAGCUGUGUUCUACAGUCAAUCUACGGUUCUUACAUAUUGAAAGAAAGGGUUCUCCCACCCAAUAUUAGUCUACGUAUUGUGGGUGGUGACGAUGCACCAGAGCGUCUAGCUCCAUUCCAAUGUUCAAUACAACUUAAUGGAAAACAUUUUUGCGGCUGUGCCAUUAUCAAUGCAAAUUUUGUUCUGACGGCCAGUCAUUGUGUCGUUGGAAAAUCUCCAGAGAUUGCAACCAUUUUGGUUGGAACCAAUAAUUUGAGUAGUGGUGGAACAUACUAUGGCGUUGAACGGUUAAUACCGCACGAACACUUCGAUACACCAGAUGCUGCCAAUGAUGUUGCUCUUGUGAAAAUUAGGGGAUCGAUUCAAUUUAAUAAACAUGUUAAACCCAUCGAACUGGACGAAGAAGAAGUUCCAGAUGGUGCUGUAGUUCAACUUACUGGAUGGGGUAGGAUGGAGGUUGGUGGUGGUACACCGAACCAAUUACAAUAUGCUAAUUUGACUAUCCUUGGUUGGGAUAAAUGUAAUAAAACGAACUUGGCUAAACUCGAACUCCUUCAUGAGGGCCACAUUUGUACAGUCGGUGUAAGGGGAACGGGAGUAUGCGGAGGGGAUUCAGGAGGACCACUUAGUUAUCGUGGGAAGCUCGUUGGAAUAGUUAACAUCGGAAUUCCAUGUGCUCUUGGUAACCCCGACGCAUAUGCGAGCAUUUCCUAUUAUAUUGACUGGAUUACGGAACACCAAAAAAAUGUAACCACGACAGCACCAUUGUAUGCCAAUUUAAUUGAAAAGGAUCAGAGUGAGAAUUAUGCAUCAGACGUCAAGAUAGGUAAAUGGAACUAGUACUAGAUUUUGUCAAUACACUAGAUUUUCGACAGCUAAUAAGACAAUAAAAUCGUUUUCAUUAGCAG